UGCCAAUUGUUAUUGGCAACAACACGAAAAAAAAAUAGGGCUUCUUUCCAAACACACAGCCUCACAAAACUUCCUCCGAACAAACAAAAUCUCCAUCGCUAAUCUCCGCUAUCUGUAUAAGCACACAAAAUCGAUUCCUUACCACAUAGUAUGCAAAAGAGACCAGAAUUUUUGAAAUACACGACAGUUGGUGUUCUUUUUCUCUCUCCUUCUCUAUAAUUUCGACAAAUUUUCACUUAGAAAACCAACUCAUUCAAAGGCGUGGAGGUCGAGGGUGACGAAUAGGGUUUUUUGGUGUGCAGAAGACUGAAAGGGUUUGUUAUAAUCUUUAAUGUUAUUCUGAAAAUUCGGGGCCCGACACUUUUUUUUAAUUGUUAAGAUAUACUGGGACUGUUUCUGAGUUUUUGAUAAUUUUCCGUGUUACUGGCUGUUUGUACUUGAGGAUUUUUCUGAGAUUUCGGAAUAUUUUGUUGUUAUUGGAUGGUUUGGGUCUAGGGUUUGAUUAUCUCUCUGACUUUAUAUAUGGAAAUGAGUGUUUAUUGAAGGAUUGCUUUGUUUUGGAAAGAUUUAUGCAUGGAGUAGGGUAAUUUGCGGCUGUUUAUUGAAUUUUCUCGACUUUGAGAUGCAGGACUUUACUUUAUGCGAUUUUUCUUGGUCAGUGGGGCUGUGAGAAGCCCAUGUCGAUAUUGUUUCCAGGCAUUGAAAAUUGCAAAAGUUUUUAAGCAGUUUUUGUUCAAUAGACUUGAUAAUAUAAAUUGUACUCAGAGAGAGAGAGAGACGAAACACCUGUUCCUCUGUAUAUAUAGAAUAAUUCAGAUUCUUUUAUUCAUAUGUGGCCUUUUUUUGGAGGUAUUUAUUGGGGGCUCAGUGGAUUCAGUUAAUGUGACACUGGCCACUGAGUUUUGAAACAGCGUGGUAAGGGCUUUGACCUAGAUAAAAGGAUUAGUGCAUAGGAAAUUUCGGAUUAGAAUAAAUUUUGGAUUGACUUUCUUUAAGCAUUCGAUUUUGUCUGGGAGGGAAACGCAGAAGUUAUCAAUUGACACAGUGCUGUUUAAACAUGGUCAUUAAGUAGAAGACAAGUAGAUUUUCUUUCCAAUUAUUCUUUGUAUACUAUAAUGUUCAGCAUUAGUUAUGGAAAGAAGUGAACCCACAUUAGUUCCAGAAUGGCUGAAAAAUGGUGGAAGUCUGGUGGGUGGUGGCACUGCAUCACAUUCAGACGAUCAUACUGCAUCAAAAGUAUCAAGAAAUAAGUCACUUGUGACAAGCAAUGGUCAUGAUUUAGGGCGACCAUCUGGUAUGGAUAGAACCAAUUCAUCUUUUCGUCGGAGUUCCAGUAGUAAUGGUUCUGGUCACUUGAGGUCCUAUAGUAGUUCCGCUAAGAAUCACCGCGAUAGGGAAUGGGAGGACACGUGUGGUUAUCGGGAUAAAGAAAAGUCAGCUUUGGGGGACCGAAGGCAACAGUACAUUUUGGAUCCAUUGGGGGGAGACAUUUUGUCAAGUAAGUUUGAGCGGGAUGGUUUAAGGCGCUCACAGUCAAUGAUUUCUGGUAAACGUGGGGAGUCAUGGCCAAAGAAAGUUGUAACUGAUUCAAGCAAUUCCGGUGGAAACAACAGCAAUGGUGUGCUUAACAAGGGCAGUCCUAUUAGCAGUGUCAACAAAGCCACUUUUGAGAGAGAUUUUCCAUCCCUGGGAGCAGAAGAACGACCAGCCACCCCAGAGGAUGGAAGGAUCCCGUCUCCUGGCUUGAGUACUGCUAUUCAGAACUUACCCAUUGGUACCUCAGCCAUGAUAGGUGGCGAAAAAUGGACAUCGGCUUUGGCAGAAGUGCCUGUUUUAACUGGAAGAAUAGCUACUCCUUCAAGUUCUGCCCCUUUGGCUUUGGGCACCACCACUGGUCUUAAUAUGGCCGCAACUGUGGCACAGGGUCCUACACGUGCUCAGACUAUACCUCAGUUGUCUGCUGGAACUCAGAGACUUGAAGAGCUGGCGAUGAAACAAUUUAAGCAAUUGAUUCCGGUAACGCCAUCCAUGUCAAAACCCUUGGUCAUGAAUUCUUUAGAUAAACAAAAAGCUAAGGGGGGUCAGCAGCAACAUCCUAUUUCACCUUCACUGUCUGUUAGUCACUCUCCUCGUGGUGGGCUCGUGAAGUCUGAUAUUUCAAAGACAAAUAAUGUGGGAAAGCUCCAUGUUCUCAAGCCAGCUCGAGAGAGGAAUGCUGUCUCUUCUGCUGCAAAGGAUAACCCGAGCCCAACAAGUGGUAGCAAAUUAGUAAAUUCCUCCCUCCUUUCGAUGACUCCAUCAGCUUCUGGAGCUGCUCCCAUUAUGGGCUCAGCAUACAACUCAAUCAUUCCUAACGCUGAGCACAAGCCUGUAUUGACUACUACGGAGAAGAGACCCACUCCUCAAGCUCAAAGUCGAAAUGAUUUUUUCAAACUUAUGAGGAAGAAAUCCGUGGCAAAUUCCUCAUCCGUUCCUGAUCAAUCUAUGGCAAACACAUUUUCUGUUUCAGAUCAUGGCACCGCUGUGUCACCACCUGCUUCAGAUAAGGUUGGUGAAUUAGAGGUCACUGCUUUGGGUACUCCUAAUGCUGGUGAUGCUCCAUCAUGUGUAAGCCCAGGCGAGGGCCAUUUGUCUGACAAGAAUGAUGACCUUACUUGCAAUGGUGAUGCUUUUGAAGGGCAGAAAUAUGUCAGUAAUGGAAAGAAAUAUCAAAAUUCUGUUCCUAUAAUUUCAGAUGAGGAAGAGGCUGCAUUUUUGCGCUCUAUGGGCUGGGAGGAGAAUGCUGAUGAGGGUGGUCUCACUGAAGAGGAAAUAAGUGAAUUCUACAGGGUUAUGACUAAGAAGCAAAUCAAUUCGAAGCCAUCGUUGAAAAUACUGCUACAAGUACAGCCUAGGAUUUUGUCGCAGAUUGGGAGCAUUGGUGGCAUUUCUUCUGGAUUGAGCUCAUCUGAAACUAAGCUGGAAUCUUGAUUUGCUGACUGGGUUAGCCUGGCAUGGAGUGUUUAUCCAUUUUCUUGCUACUUCAAUUGACAGUUCUGCUAGCUGAGUAGGGUGUUGAAAGUUGGGGGAAGGGUGGUGUUGCAUGAAAGAGGAAUAGAAAUAAGUAACCGAUGGUCCAGUCCCAAUUAUGUCUUCUGAUUAUUGUUGCGUGCUGAACACGGUCCAGAGUUUUCUGAAGUUUAGAAGUUUGAGCAAAGAGAAUGUAAUAGUUUUUUCUCAUUCUGCUCAAAGACGUUGCUUAUAUGCGAAGUCGGGGUUUUUGAAUGGGGGGAUCUGUCAAACAACCAGUUACGGGUUUUUUUAGUCUACCAAAGAAAGAAAAUCAAGAAUUUGUUAUUAUCUUUCGCUUUUGUUCCAAUUCUACCGAGGUUUUGAUUUUUU